AGCAUUUCUGUCAAUCGGAAUAUAGAUCGCAAUACAUCACAUCACGAUCACCCUUAUGCAAUUUGACGCAUAUUUUUUUUUCUGUCAUAAACCUGCAAUUCUAAUAUAUUCCUUUAAAAGGUUGAAACGAGUGUGUAUUGUAUCACACUAACAAGCCCGCCCCUAACACUCAUUCCUCGAUUGGCGUGCUUACGGACAGCAGCCGUAGCGGAGCUGUGCUUCGACGUCAGGGGGUUUGAUAAGCGUGCUUUACUGUCUGCUUGCCUGCCUGCUUCAGUCUACUGCCGCUGCGCCGAGUUUGCAGAGACGAUCUGCAGCGCUAACCUCCGAGCACAACUGAGAGCCUUCAUUGACCUACGGAAACCAUGGCAACAGCUAUGGCAGAGGCAGAGACGCGUCAGAAACUGCUGCGCACAGUCAAAAAGGAGGUGAAGCAGAUCAUGGAGGAGGCAGUGACUCGGAAGUUUGUGCAUGAGGACAGCAGCCACAUUGUUUCAUUCUGCGCUGCGGUGGAAGCGUGUGUGCUGCACGGACUGAAGCGGCGGGCUGCCGGGUUCCUCCGCAGCAACAAGAUCGCAGCGCUGUUCAUGAAGGUGGGGAAGAGCUUCCCUCUGGCUGACGAACUCUGCAGGAAGGCACAGGAGCUGGAGCAGAUCAUCGAGAGCAAGAGGAACCAGAUCCCCUUGAAUCCUGAUAGUACUCGGAAGCUGCAGAAACUGCCCUGCGUGCCUCCCCAGGUCAUCAAACAUCUAUGGAUCCGCACAGCCCUCAUCGAAAAAGUUCUGGACAAGAUCGUCCACUACCUAGUGGAGAACAGCAGUAAGUUCUAUGAGAAGGAGGCUGUGCUGAUGGACCCAGUGGACGGACCAAUACUUGCAUCCUUGUUGGUGGGCCCCUGUGCCCUGGAGUACACCAAGAUGAAGACAGCGGAUCACUUCUGGACGGACCCCUCUGCAGACGAGCUGGUCCAGAGACACCGCAUUCACAGCGGUCACUGCCGGCAGGACUCUCCCACCAAGCGCCCUGCUCUCUGUAUCCAGAAGAGGCACUCCAGUGGUAGUAUGGAUGACCGUCUCUCCCCCUCAGCCCGUGACUAUGUGGAGUCCCUGCACCAGAACUCCAGGGCCACGCUGCUCUUUGGCAAGAACAACGUCCUGGUCCAGCCGAGAGACGAUAUGGAAGCCAUCCCGGGGUACCUGUCUCUCCACCAGACUGCAGACAUCAUGACCCUGAAGUGGACACCCAACCAGCUGAUGAACAGCUCUGUGGGAGAUUUAGACUAUGAGAAGAGUGUUUACUGGGACUAUGCCAUGACCAUCCGUCUGGAAGAGAUUGUGUAUUUGCACUGUCACCAGCUGGUGGACAGCGGUGGGACAGUGGUGCUGGUGAGUCAGGAUGGGAUCCAGCGCCCCCCCCUGCGAUUCCCGAAGGGGGGGCACCUCCUGCAGUUCCUGUCCUGCCUGGAGAACGGGCUCCUUCCUCGCGGACAGCUUGACCCUCCGCUCUGGUCUCAGCGGGGAAAGGGGAAGGUUUUCCCAAAGCUGCGAAACAGAAGUCCACAAGGAUCCCCGGAGUCUGUGUCCGACAAGGAGGAAGAGGAAGCCACGGACUAUGUGUUCAGGAUCCUCUUCCCAGGCAGCCAGUCCGAGUUCGUAUCGCAGGACCUCAUGGAGCAGGGUGCGGCCCUGUGGCACCCCACUGUCAGGAAGUCCUCCUGCUCUUCCUGUUCCCAAAAUGGCUCCUCAGACGCAGUGCCUCCAAACGGCUGCAACCAUGAACGGGCCCCCCUGAAGAUGCUGUGUGACAACAUGAAGUAUCAGAUCAUUUCCAGGGCUUUCUACGGCUGGCUUGCGUAUUGCCGUCACAUGUCCACUGUGCGCACGCACCUGUCAGCGCUGGUGAACCACACCAUUGUGGACCGGGACGUCCCACACGAGGCCGGCGGGGGGCUGACGGCAGAGAUGUGGCAGAAAUACCUCCAGGACUGUAAGGUUUAUGAGGAGCAGGAGCUGCUGCGGCUGGUUUACUUCGGAGGGGUGGAACCCACAAUCCGCAGGGAGGUGUGGCCCUUCCUGCUGGGGCACUACCAGUUCGGGAUGUCGGAGAAUGACCGGAAAGAGGUGGAUGACCAGAUGCGUGCCUGCUAUGAGCAGACGAUGAGCGAGUGGCUGGGCUGCGAGGCGAUCGUUCGCCAGCGGGAGAAGGAGCAGCACGCCGCCGCCCUCGCCAAGUGCUCCUCGGGAGCCAGUCUGGACAGCACGAUGCAGAAGAUGAUGCACCGUGACUCCACCGUCAGCAACGAGUCUUCCCAGAGCGGCAGCUCGGACAGACAGAGCCAUGCGCGGCUGCAGAGCGACUCCAGCAGCAGCACGCAGGUGUUCGAGUCUGCAGAGGAGGUGGAGCAGAUGGAGACGGAGGUGAGGGCCGAGGAGAGCGUCAAGGCAGCCAAACGUCCCAACGGAGCCGUCCCCAACGGAACCUGCUCCCCCGAUUCCGGACACCCUUCCUCCCGGAACUUCUCCAUCACCUCCGGAUUCUCCGACCGCAGCUUCAGCACCGAGGACAGCGGUGCCGGCACCGAGUCCGCAGCUAAAACAUCUGGACAGCAGCCUCCGCAAGCAGCGACCAAACCACAGCAGCAAGAGGGAGCCAACCCCAGCAAGAAGACGCUAGUUCAUGGCACAGAAGAUGCCGAUCGGGGUCAGGUGACUGAAGAGACCGUCCCUCCUGUCUCCAAAGGGGCUGCUGAAGAGACCCGGCCGGCUGAGAAAAAUCUGACCACCAACGCGAGCUCGGAGGACCUGCUGUCCGCCACUGGGUUGCCCUCAGAGGAGGGGCCUCCCCCAGGGGAGGUAGCCAGGCUGCCUGUGCUGGAGAUGCAGGUGGACGAGGAGGCUGAGAAGCAGAGCCUAGUGGGCAGCGAGGACAACCUUUCUGAGGAGCCUGAAAUGGAGAGCCUGUUCCCCCAGUUUGUCUCGCUGGCUGUGGGAGCGGAGGGUAAAACCGAAGCCACGUCUCCCGUCUCCUCCAUCGGGGUCACCUACUCUCAAGAGCUGCUGGACAUGUACACGAUCAACCUGCACCGUAUCGAGAAAGACGUGCAGAGGUGCGACCGAAACUACUGGUACUUCACUCCUGCCAAUCUGGAGAAACUGCGCAACAUCAUGUGCAGCUACAUCUGGCAGCACCUGGAGAUUGGGUAUGUGCAAGGCAUGUGCGACCUGUUAGCUCCCCUGCUGGUCAUUCUAGAUGACGAGGCAAUGGCCUUCAGCUGCUUCACGGAGCUCAUGAAGAGGAUGAACCACAACUUCCCUCACGGAGGAGCCAUGGAUACACACUUCGCCAACAUGCGCUCCCUCAUCCAGAUCCUGGACUCGGAACUCUUUGAGCUGAUGCACCAGAAUGGGGAUUACACACAUUUCUAUUUCUGCUACCGCUGGUUCCUUCUGGACUUCAAACGAGAGCUGGUGUACGAUGAUGUGUUCUCAGUGUGGGAGACUAUCUGGGCUGCGAAGCACACAUCAUCGACCCACUUUGUGCUCUUCAUCGCUCUGGCAAUGGUGGAAAUGUACAGAGACAUCAUCCUGGAAAACAACAUGGACUUCACCGACAUCAUCAAGUUCUUCAACGAAAUGGCUGAACACCACAAUAGCAAGCGUGUGCUGACGUUGGCACGGGACCUGGUCUACAAAGUGCAGACGCUCAUCGAGAACAAGUGAAGGGGGUGCGCGACAACGAAGCUCUACAAACACACUCAUGAUCACAUCCUUCAUCCUCGCACCGGCUUCUCUCGUUCUGUUCACUGUCAGCGCGCCAGCGUCAGAGGCCACAGUAACGGAUCCCUUGUAUAAAUCAGAAAGAGCCAGGUUUAGCCACCUCUGCCGUUAUAUACGUUUUACUGCAACACUGUAUCACUGAACAUCCAGUAAGUGAGAGCUGGGGACCUUCAGUGGAGCCUGUUUUAUAUCAGUCAGGUUUCUGUAUCGCAUCGCAU